UCACCCACAGAAUUCUACACUUAAUCUGUGGUGUCACCUCUCUUUUACUGUAAACCCUCUCUGAUUCGUCAGGCUCAGAGUCAGAGAGGUUUGCAAAGAGUUGGCCAAGAGAAAAGCGGGCGAGCUGACUGGCUGCGUCUGCGCGACCCACAGCCACAACUCGUCGGUGUUGUCGGCGACGAACUCGCUCAGCCUGGUUGGGUCCGAGGGAGGUCGGGCCAGAUCUAUAUAUAAGAGGGUCGGCCGUGUCAUGCAAACUUUCCACCUUCCAGCCAACGAGCUAUUCGUACUGCGAUGCAGAAUUUGUGCAUUAAAUAUUUCCGUCAAAGUCCAAGGACGGAUUGUUCUCCAACAGGCCCAUGAAGUACAGCGGAGUGCAACAAAACGCCAGGUAAGAUCCUUUCUGUGUGUAGUGGCUACCAUAACUUGUCUCCAAGAUUGGAAAGAUCUCCUGUUGUACUGGUGGUGUACGUGGGAAGCAUUGACCUGCAGUGUCCGUGUGUACUUGAGAAGCUCAAAGUCCAGAACGAUUCUCCUUCGCUUGGUGGACACACUACAAAGUUCUUUGAGUUGCAACCCUGGUCUGCUGUGGUGGGGUGAAUAUUCUCACAGAGUUCAAACUACAGCAUCUCACAGUUUCGUUGCUGGUAAGCGUCAAAUGGCUUCGUCCUCUAGUGGGAGCACCACUCUAUCAUAUCACAAGGCUGACAGGUUUUUUGAAACAUGGAAUGCUCCACAAACGUCAGGAUUUUCAUACAGAGUGUUAGCUAUGGCAGAAGAGACUUCUUUGAGUGAGAUACAAAUCCAGUUUAUUGCAGACUUUUAUGAACACAGAACUGGCAAGGAGAUUUCAGCAAGUGCUUUGAUAGAUGAAUGUGAUAAAUAUACAGACGGGCAACUGGCUUUUCCAGAGCGCCUAGCAGAAGUGUCAGGUGGAAAUUUUUCAGCUUCAGGAGGAGGUGGUGGGCAUCAUUCAAAUGCACACAACAAUCCUGUGGCUGGUGCCACUGAAAAUAAUGAUAGUGGGAACUUUAAUGAUGAAGAUAGUGUAGACGGCUCAGUCAGUGGGGGUCAGGAUGUUGUGGAUAGGUUUGACAUUCCAGAUGGUGCAAAUACAAGUUGUUUGGGUCGCUCCGGCAAUUCUAGAACUCGCAAACAACAUAAACCUGUCCAUAAGUCAAAUAUGUCAUCAUCGCACAGGACUACCACUCUUCCUGUGCCCGACACAACUGGUCAGGUAGACAGUGGAUUGGGCUAUGACACGCCUAGUGAUAUUGAAACGGAUAGUGAAGUGGAAUAUCGUGGUUCGGAGAGUAAUCAGGUACCUAAUGGCGAGAAUGCAAGGACCGGUCAGAUGCAGCCGGAACAGAAAGAACGGUGGCUUUUGCAAAAUGUUCUUUUGGCUCUUCAAAGGGAGCAUGAGAUUCUGGAUAUGUCUAGGAAAUGUAACGAGUGCAAAACAAGACCCAGAGACAUUACUUUUCUCCCAUGUGGACAUUUUAUUAUGUGCAAGGUGUGCUCAGAGCCAGUUUUUGAAUGUCCUACAUGUAACCUUGACAUAUUAGCAACAGCGCAGACGUUUCUGUCUUAACUCACUCACUGCCAUGCCCGAACCCUGUCGAGUGAUCCGCGUAGACCGCUGCCUGCUGAACCCGAAACCCAUCGGGUGCGUUUUUAAAACAUUACUUUUUUUCAAACAUUCCCGACAUGUUUCGGGCUUGGCAGUCGGAAGUAGGCGACAUAAGCCAGUUUAGUUUCGAUUCCGUAUUGUUGUUGCAGUAGCUUCCCUUGAAUAAGUUACUUAAAAAUCGAGCUUUUUCGAACCCACCCGAAACGAACUAAAAACAACUACGCUCAGUUACGAUGGUGACGGCAUCUCAACGAGGUCGGAACAAUUGAAUUGAUCGGCCCAUUCGUGGCGUCGGUGGCCUAGUGGUCAGGCUCUUGGACUCGCAACCAUAAGGUCGUGGGUUCGAAUCCCCGCAGGGGCCCGAAGUUUUUUUUCUCGAUUUUGCCACAUAUUCACAAACUCAUAAAAUUUCACCCGGUAAAGGUAUCACCAAAAAUUAUUUUUUUUUUGUUGAGUAUGUUUCAAUGUCAUUGUUUGUGGAAAAGUUCAAUGCUGUACACAAAAUAAUAAGUUCACAGUAAGGUUUUGAAAAUGGUCCCAAAAGCCUGGCAUUCCUCGGUUACCCUGCAGUGAGUGAGUUAAGCUGUAGGUUUUCUCUCCAGAUAUUUACUUCUUGACAGUAAACUAUCCUGUCCCACUGAUGUGCCGCUAAUUGCACCAGAUACCACACCGCUGAUUUGUUGCUCAUUUUUACGUAGCAUUUUCUUGCGUGAAACCAAAUCCGGGGCUAAAAACACAAAAUGGAAAAUAUGAAGGUUCUAGCAUGCUUUCAGGCUGUCAACAUUGAGACGUUGGUCAGUUCCUUGUAGUGGUAUCGAUGUUAGGGCCAAAACUCAGUAUAGCUUGUUUGCUUACAUCACUUAGGGGGAUGUUAUUCUUUGCCUUGGAUGCACAGAAACUUGGGGGGGGGCAUCGUGAGGAUUUUUCCAGCUCAUUUGAUCGGUGGAGAAAGUUUUUGAGCAUUACUUGUAAACUUCAAGGCAUAUCUUUCUGGACAAAUUUAUUUUAAAAAUCGAUUCUUAUUUUGUUGUGUGGAAAUAACAUAGAAUCAGCCUCUGCAUUGUUGUAAAGACCGAUAAAUUCUUUUUCAGUUUCAAGUUUCAGUUAGUUUUGCAAAUUGGGAUGAAACUCCCCUCACCCCUUCCUCUAAUUCUGUAAAAGAAGUACAAUAUUGCUCGCGGAGUCGUACAAAUUUUGCAUCCACUGGGGAAACAUUUGGAAGAAAAAGCGAUACAGUUGAUUCAUAUAUAUGAUGCCUGAGUAUAACUCAAAAGUGCUGAUUUUCCCCUAUUGAAUAUAUUCUGCUGAAAUUUUCUGGAUUUUGCUUGACAUCAGGCCGAUUGUGGUGAUGUAUUAAAAAAAGAGUGUAUGGUAAUUCUGAACAAGAUGUACAAUAUAAUCAGUAAAUUUUGAGUCUCUGUGCGCGCGUUUCCACAGGAUCCAAAACUUUCAGGAUUCUUUCAUAGCCACCUCUUAUAAAAUAUAGGAACGACGUGACUGUUCGGACUCGAGACCGAAUAGACAAAAAUUAUAUUAGAACUGUGAAUUGAGUCCAGCAUGAGGUCCGUUCCAACUUCCGACCCUUGUUCUUCUCCAAAAGUGGAAUAGUACACACAUGCACAUUUAUAAACUGAAUACACAUGUGUGGUCUUUUCUGUAGUGUUUCUUUUUCUGCAUUUUGUUUUUUUUCCCAAUUUCCAGGUCAUAUUAUAAUGAUUACUGAAAAUAAAACAUGAUGCAUUCAUGUGUUGACUGUUGGAGAGAUUAUAUAUGAGAAGAAAAUAGAGGAGAAGAAGAAGAGGAAAGAGAGAAAAGUUGAGGGUAGUGAAGGCAGAAGAAGGAGGAAUUAAGAAAAACUGAAGAGGCAAAAAGCAGGUUGCAAGGAGGAGGAGGGGGAAUGGGAAGAAGAGAACACGAAAGAGAAAAAAGGAAGAGAUUUGGCUGAUGAGGAGAAGGAGGAAGAAAAAAAAGAACGGGUGGAGUAGAAAAAGAAAAAUUGCUUUGGUGAAGAGUCAAAAAAUGAAGAAGAUGGCGGAAAAGAGGAAGCGAUGAUGGAGAAGAAUGAAGGUAUUUGUCAGGAGGAAGCUAUUUUGGCUGAGGAGGAGGA